AUGGCAGGGGAGCUGUGGCUCCUGGUGCACCUGGAGGAAGAAGCCGUGGGCUCGCUGGGCUCUUCUGUUGGCCUGCACUUGAAAUCUUCCCACCUCCACGAUACAGUGAAGAGGAACCUGGACAGCACUGCCUCGCCUCAGCAUGGUGACCAGCACAACGGCUACGGGGACCUCUUUCCUGGGCACAAGAAGAACCGCCGGGAGGCACCUCUGGUCUCCUCCAACGGGCUGCCCCCAGCCUCCCCACUGGGCCAGCCAGACCAGCCCCCUGGGGGAGACGCCCUCCAGCCCAGCGGGAAGCACUCUCUGGGGCUGGACUCUGUUAACAAGAAACAUGUAGGAUCUGCCUCUGUUAACCUCUAGGCCACAGGAGGCAGCCAGCCCAGCGAGCCGCUCGCCCUGGGCCUGAGUAAAGAGCUGAAGCAGGAGCCUGCCGAGGACCUGCCGUGCAUGAUCGCCGGGCCGGGGGGUCCCCUGUCCCAGAGCAGCCUCAUGCCCGACCUCAACCUGAACGAGCAGGAGUGGAGGGAGCUCAUCGAGGAGCUGAACAGGUCCGUGCCCGACGAGGACAUGAAGGACCUGUUCACUGAGGACUUCGAGGAGAGGAAGGGCCCAGAGCCCGGCCCGGCCGCCCAGACCGCCCUGAACCAGGACGUCAGCAUUAAGACAGAGUUCUCCUCUGCAGCCUUCGAGCCCGAGCAGGUGGGCGCUCCCCAGGCGAGGGCUGGGUCUGCAGGACAGACCUUCCUGGGGCCCACGUCUGCCUCUGUGAGCACGGACUCAGCCAGCCUGGGGGGCCCGCGGGCCCUGUUCCACAGUCCUGCUCAGCCUGGGGCGGACAGCGCCAGCUCCGGCCUGCUGCCGGCACCCGUGCAGGCCCAGGGUGCACAGAGAGCCCUGGCGAGCGUGGUGCUGCCUGGCCAGGGCCCGGGAGCUGCCCCAGAGCCGUCCUCCGCCCACCAGCUCCAGCAGAUCGCUGCCAAGCAGAAGCGCGAGCAGAUGCCCCCGAACCCACAGCAGGCCGCCCCGGCAUCAGCGCCAGGCCAGCUGUCCACGUGGCAGCAGGCAGCUCCCUCCCACAGCCCCUUAGAUGUCCCUUACCCUGUGGAGAAGCCCGCCAGCCCCUCCACCUACAAGCAGGACUUCAGCUCCAAACUGCUCGCGGUGCCCGGCGUGAGCAAGAGCUCCCCUCGGCCUGGAGGCGCCUACCCCCAGCCCAGCCUGCUGAGCCACCAGCUGCCCGGCGGCUUGAGUCAGAGUUCCGUGGGCAGCCCAGGGGCAGUGCUGGACUAUGGCAACACGAAGCCCCUCUCGCAUUACAAGGCAGUCUGUGGGCAAGGCGGCCCCGGGCCCAGCCAGAGCAAGCCGAGCCUGCCAUCGUACCUGCCCCAGCAGCGGCCCCGUCUGAGCAACGAGCAGAACUCCUUGUUUCUGAUGAAGCCAAAGCCGGGAAACAUGCCCUUCCGAUCGCUGGUUCCACCUGGCCAGGAGCAGAGCCCUGCCAGCGUCUCCGUGCCUGCCCAGGCCACCGGCGUGGGGAGCCAGCCACCCGCCGUGUCGGCGGCCAGCACACACGGCUCCCCCUAUCUGAGUGGCCAGCAGCAGGCAGCGGUCAUGAAGCAGCACCAGCUGCUCCUGGACCAGCAGAAGCAGAGGCAGCAGCAGCUGCAGCAGCAGUUCCUCCAAAGGCAGCAGCAGCUUUUGGCAGAACAGGAGAAACAGCAGUUUCAGCGUCAUCUUACCCGUCCCCCACCCCAGUACCAAGACCCGACACAAAGCACCUUCCCGCAACAAGUUGGACAGUUCCCAGGGCCGACGGCUGUGCCCGGCGUGAACAGCGUGGGCCCAUCCAGCUCUGGCUGCCCUCGAGUGUUCCCUCAGGCCGGGAACCUGGUGCCCGUGGGCCCUAGCCACACGGCCGUCUCCUCGCUCCCCUCAGGCUCGGGCCAGCAGGACCGGAGCGUGGCCCAGUUCACCGGCUCCCAAAGCAUGCCCCAGACCAGUCUCUACGGCAUGGCCUCGGGCAUAGCCCAGAUGGCUGCCCAGCCGCCCCCACAGACCAGCAACGGACACGCCCACAUCCCCCGGCAGAGCGCUGUGGGCCAGAGCACUCCGCUGCCGGCUGCCUAUGGACAGAGCGCCCUGGGGGCCUCCGGCCUCCCCCAGCAGCACAGUAAGGGGGCCCUGAACUCCGGUCUGGCCAAGCCCCAGGCCCCCAGGGUGCCUGCAGCCAUGGGGAGCCAGAACGCCUCCUGGCAGCACUCGGGCCUGCCGAGCCUGAGUGGCCAGGCCCUGGGGGGUGGCAGCCUGAGCCCCUUCACCGCAGCCUCUGCGUUCCACAUGCAGCAGGCACACCUGAAGGUGUCCAGCCCACAGUUCUCCCAGGUGCCCAGCAGGCCCCUGGCGCCGCCCAUGAGCUCCACGGCCACCACGGGGUCCAUGCUGCCUCCGGCCAGCGCCCAGCAGAGGCCCAGCGCCCCUGCCCCCGCCACGCCCCAGGCAGCCCCACAGCAGGCCUUGCCUGGCUUGAGCCCGGCUGGCCCAGAACUGGCAGCCUUCAGCCAGAGCCCGGCCUCCCAGAUGGGCAGCCGGGCGGGGCUGCACUGCGCCCAGGCCUUCCCCGUGCGGACUGUGGGCCAAGAGCUGCCCUUUGCCUACAGCGGGCAGCCGGGUGGCAGUGGACUGUCCAGUGUGGCUGGCCACACCGACCUCAUCGACUCUCUGCUGAAGAACAGGGCGUCAGAGGAGUGGAUCAGCGAGCUGGAUGACUUCUUAGGGUCUCAGUAAGGAGGGACUCGCGGUGUAGAGCUCACACAUCCUGCAGCCGCCUUCUCUGCCAAGAAAGAGCAACUACUUUGGACCCGAAGCCUGUGGCCCGGGGAGCUGGGCAGGCGGAUCCCGAGCCCACUGCGGCCACCCAGCCAGGAUGUGCGGCCCACAGCUCCCAGGCCAGCACGUGUGGCCCAUGGGGCUGGCCCCAGCCCCUCUGCUGGCAUCAGUCCCUGGGGCCAGGACAGCGGGACAGGCUCUCCGGUGGCUUUCCGCCAGAUGACCAAAGUCCUCGGUGACAGCAGUGAAGCCCCACAGUGUCAGGCCCGUGACCCGUGCCAUCGCAUUGGCAUAAUCCAAGAUUUCGCCACUUGCCCAAAUUCUCAGGACAAGUUUUUAUCGCAACUUUAUAUAGCAGGAUUAUUUGCAAUUUGUAGCAAAGAAAAAUAUUUUUUAUGUUAAUUUUAAAUAGAUUGGGAUGGGUGGCGGCUUAAGUGGGUAAGUGGCAUGGGGACCCUUGAGUUUGUUUUUGCUUAGGAACUUUUAAAUCCCUGCCCUUUGUCAGCGUUCAGGGGAGGAGGGGUGGCCGGGAGACAUUUCCGCAAGUGCAGCCCUGACUGCCCGCCCCAGGCCCGAGCAGGGCGGUGGUGGCCGUCGCCCACUCAGGACUUCCCAGCGGCUCCCGCCUCCCGCAGUGCCAGCCCUCCUGCUGCCACACACUCGGGAGGACUUAGCUUGCACCCCCUAGCUACAUGCUGGGAGGAGAUCUGGGUCCCUUUGUCCUGGGUUAGGAGCCCCACCCUCUGCAGUUUCCCUGAAAGUCGUCCACAGCCCGGGAGGCGUGUGGGCGCUGCCUGGCCAUGCAGGUUCCCCUGGGCCCUUCCCGGGUCUCCCACUGCCUUUGUCUCGCCUCCCCGCCUCUCUGGGGGGAGUCGCUGGAGUUCUUAGGGGCCCAGCAUCGUAAAGGGUCUGGAAGAGGCUGCAGGCCGGCCCAGUGCAGGAGUUCCACUUCAUUUGGCCACUUCUGCCACCCACAUCACAUGACUUGCACUUUCUCAAGAGAUUGCUUUAUAACACUAACACAUUCUUUCUGAAGACCCCAAAGGGUUUCUCUCCCGAGGUCUCAAUGAG